AUAUUUCCAGAAUAUCAUACUAUGCUGAAUAUGACGCCCAGUUAGCCCCAGCAGGAGCAUCUGAGUCAGGUAUGGCGUCAUCUUCCUACUUGGAACCCAACCACAAUCACGCCGCAGCGGGUGGUUGUGGGGUUAAAUCCCGUUCUGGGAUUCCCGGUGGUACUGGUGUUGGUACCAGCGGCUCUGCUGGAGGCCUUGAGCGGCCCCCAGGCUCCAUGGACCGGGUUCUGAAGAUCUUCCAUUAUUUUGAGACAAACAGUGAACCAUGCACCUGGGCUAGUAAUAUCAGGCAUGGAGAUGCUACAGAUGUCAGGGGUGUUAUCCAGAAGAUAGCAGAGAUCCACAAACUGCGCUGUGUGUCCUCUCUGGGUCUCCGUCUGACCCAUCUGCACUCUGAUGCACUCCAUUGGUUACACCCUGAUUUGGGCGUGUCUCACAUCAGGGAGAAAUAUGAGAAACAACACCCCCAGGAGGAGUGGAGGUAUGAGUUGCGGAUGCGGUACCUACCUAAAGGUUACCUCAGCCAUUUUUCUGAAGACAAACCCUCUCUUAACUACCUCUACCAUCAGGUCAAGAGUGACUACAUGCAACAUAUAGCUGAUCAGGUGGAUCAAGAUGUUGCUUUGAAACUGGGCUGUUUGGAAAUUAGGAGGUUCUUCAGAGAGAUGCCAGGAAACGCCCUGGAUAAGAAAUCUAAUUAUGAACUACUAGAGAAAGACGUUGGUCUGAGAAGGUUUUUCCCCAAAAGUCUGCUGGACUCCCUUAAGGCCAAGACUCUUCGUAAGCAGAUCCAGCAGACCUUUAAGCAGUUUGCUAACCUCAACGACGAGCAGAGCAUCCACAAGUUCUUUGAGAUACUCUCUCCCAUCUACCGCUUUGACAAAGAGUGCUUCAAAUGUGCUUUGGGGUCUAGUUGGGUAAUCUCAGUAGAGUUAGCUAUCGGACCGGAGGAAGGAAUCAGCUACCUCACAGAUAAGGGCUUAACGCCUACACACUUAGCUAACUUUAACCAGGUUCAGUCCAUCCAGUACUCUGCUUUGGAAGAAAAGGACAGGAAAGGCAUGCUGCAGCUCAAUGUAGCAGGAGCUCCAGAGCCCCUCACUGUCACCACGGCAGCACUGACUACGGCAGAAAACAUGGCUGACUUGAUUGAUGGCUACUGUCGGCUUGUCUCCUCAGCUACUCGCUCCUUCAUUGUCAGAGUCCACAAAGAGGGGGACAGAGCUCUGCCUUCCAUCCCCAAAGUUUCAAAUCAUGAGAGGCGGAUGGAAAAACGGAUGGACGGAGUACGGACCAGAGCUGUUUGUGUCUCAGGUCAGACUAGUGGCGAUGAAACAGACGACUAUGCUGAGAUCAUAGAUGAGGAGGACACCUAUACCAUGCCUUCAAAAUACUAUGGACUAGAUCAAGCACGGGACUAUGAGAUUCAGCGGGAUCGUAUUGAGUUGGGACGUUGCAUAGGUGAGGGUCAGUUUGGAGACGUCCACCAAGGAGUCUACAUCAGCCCGGAGAACCCAGCCCUGUCUGUGGCAGUGAAGACGUGUAAGAACUCAACAUCAGACAGCGUCAGGGAAAAGUUUCUCCAAGAAGCAUUGACCAUGCGUCAGUUUGACCACCCCCACAUUGUGAAGCUGAUGGGAGUCAUCACUGACAAUCCAGUCUGGAUCAUCAUGGAGCUCUGCACACUCGGAGAGUUACGGUCAUUUCUCCAGGUGAGGAAGUACAGUCUAGACUUGGCCAGUCUUAUAUUGUACUCAUACCAACUCAGCACAGCUCUGGCAUAUCUGGAGAGCAAACGCUUUGUACACCGGGACAUCGCAGCGCGGAAUGUGUUGGUGUCUACAGUCGACUGUGUAAAGCUGGGGGACUUUGGUUUAUCACGAUACAUGGAAGAUAGCUCUUAUUACAAAGCAUCAAAAGGAAAACUCCCCAUUAAAUGGAUGGCUCCAGAAUCCAUCAACUUCAGAAGAUUUACCACAGCCAGUGACGUCUGGAUGUUUGGUGUCUGUAUGUGGGAGAUCCUAAUGUUCGGCAUCAAGCCUUUCCAGGGUGUGAAGAACAACGACGUCAUUGGCAGGAUAGAGAAUGGCGAGCGACUGGCUAUGCCCCCUCAGUGCCCUCCUACUCUCUACAGCUUGAUGACAAAGUGUUGGUCGUAUGAUCCCAGCAAGAGGCCACGCUUCACUGAACUCAAAACACAACUGAGCACUAUAUUAGAAGAGGAGAAGCUCCAGCAGAAAGAGAGGAACAGGAUGGAGAUGAGGAGACAGGUCACUGUUUCCUGGGACUCGGGAGGGUCUGAUGAAGCACCACCAAAACCGAGCCGUCGCCCCUCCCUGCAGCCCACCUUCAGUCUGGAUUGUCUGUCUGCUCCUUCUCCUCACCACCAUUGCCAUCAAAACCAGCGCUUUGCCUCACAGCUUUCCCUCUGCCUUGGAAACCCUCAUCCUUCGUCUCCCUGCACCUCUUCUUACCUACCCACUCCUCCACUCUACCCAUCAUCUCUGCAAUUUCCCCAUCACUUUUCCUCUUCUCCCAAUCCUCAGUCUCAGUCACCUUCUCUUCACGUCACCACUCACUCCAAUCAAUCUUUCUCUCAUCACAACACAAAGUUGGAUCUGGAAUCCAACGCUCAUCCCAGCUUGUCUCGUGCUAACUUCUAUUCUCCACCUCACACCAGCUCAGACUGCCUUUCCAAUGGCAGCUGCCCCUACAAGAAAAAUCCCCCUACUAACGGCCACCUGCUCUGUUCAUCCCAGCCAAAGUCAAACAACACACACUCCCAUCCCUGGCACUUCUCCCCUCUGCUUUCCCAAUCCAGCCCUAACCUUCACUCUCUGCCCCGCAGCAUGUCAAAUGUUUGUCCCCACACCCUCCAGAAAAUCCAGCCCAAGUCAAAUUCUAAUCUUAAAAGCCUGCUGUUGCCCAGCUUUCACACUGGCUGCCAAACUAAUCCCAGUACCCCUCUACAACCUGACUCUGACCCCCAGCACCAGCACCCUGCUGUGCAGUCAUGUGGGAGGCCCCCGCUGGUCUGUCCUCCCCCCCUCACUCUUCCACACACAGAGAGAGCCCUCCCAGUACCCACUAACCACCAUCCACCCAGUCGAAUGACAAGCCUAACUACACCUUUUCCUACCACCUGCGCUGAAAGACCCAUGUCCACACCCUUGAAGCCUAGUAGACCAGGCUAUCCCAGUCCUCGCUCCAGUGAAGGUUUUUACCCCGGUUCCCAGCAUCCUGGACACUACCAGAUGGCAGGGUAUCCCGGCCCUCACACCCUCCCCUCGGUGCCCAGCGCCCUCUACCCCCCACAGGCUGCGAUGCUGGACACACACCACGCGCACACCCACCCCCGCCACCACGUCCACACACACUCGCACGCACAGCACCUUCCCCAGCCACAUGGACACGACAUGGCACUGUGGGGCUCUGCGAUGGAGGUAGGAGACCAGUUUUACACUCACACACACACACACUUGGAAAUAUGUUUUCACUUUUAUAUGUUGUUCCCUGCAGAGCAUGCAGCUCCCCCAAAAGAAACCCCCUCGACCCGGGCCCAGAGCCAAGUGGGCAGUCUGGCCUGUCUAAAUACUGGAGACAGUUACAACGAUGGAGUCAAGCCCUGGCGGCUGCAGCCCCAAGAGAUAAGCCCGCCCCCCACCGCCAACUUGGACCGCUCCAAUGACAAGGUGUAUGAAAAUGUGACCGGAUUGGUCAAAGCUGUGAUCGAGAUGUCGAGCAAGAUUCAGCCGGCUCCUCCAGAGGAAUAUGUUCCCAUGGUCAAGGAUGUGGGUCUGGCAUUGAGGACGUUAUUGGCCACAGUGGAUGAGACUCUACCACAACUUCCAGCCAGUACACACAGAGAGAUCGAGAUGGCUCAGAAACUUCUGAACUCUGACUUGGCAGAGCUGAUUGGGAAGAUGAAGUUAGCCCAACAAUAUGUGAUGACCAGUCUCCAGCAGGACUAUAAGAAGCAGAUGUUGACAGCGGCUCACGCUCUUGCAGUCGAUGCCAAGAACCUGCUGGAUGUCAUCGACCAAUCACGGCUCAAGAUGAUGGCCCACUCCCGCCCACACUAACCCCACGUCAGCUGAGCUGACCAACAGGAGCUGGUCUGCUAUUUGAGAGACAGUGUCACUAUGGUUACUGUUAGUAGUGGAGAACUAAAGACUCCUGGAUUAAUGACGUCAAUCAUGAUAUGUGAGAGUUGUUGGAGCUGACCGCUUUACAUCAAAGGAAACAAUGAUACUUAGACAACAGUCCGUGAAGAAUCGUUAGAUGUUGAAUCCUGUGUAAACUGCGGUAGUCCAUUCGUCUGGGAUAAAACUCUCCACCACUGUGACUUUCUUAAUACAAGAACAGAGCAAAAACACUUCCUGAAUCAGGGACUUGGCAGCUUCACCCUCUUUGAACUGGAAUAUAAUGUUGAGGGGAGGAAAAGUGAAGAGGACGAUGAUUGUGGGUGACUAUGGGUCCGGACCUGAAUCACUAUCAUGGGAGCGAUCGGGUGUGGAACUGUCAACAUCGAGUUGAUUAGUCCUGGUAGAAUACAACUCUCGCGCAAAGCCAUCAGAACUGGUUUGCGUUUGAUCUGCAUGAAACUUCACAGUCGGAACGGACUCAGACGUCAGCCAGCAGCCAUGUUAGUACAUUUGUUGAUAUCACGUGUUUUUGACCCCUGGAUGUGAACCUGCUCCUCCGUUGAAAUACCUCCACACCACCAUGGAUUCUAGUGAAUGGGCAGAUCAAACCAGAUGUUUUCUAUUCAGCUGCGGUGCUUUGAGAGGACGCUUCAACGGGGAAAUUCAACAGCAAAGACGGUCUCGGUUUGGUUCGGAGAAGCAGCCUCCCACCCCUCCCUUGCUCCUCUCAUUUCUCUCUUCUAUCAAUUCCCAUCUUCCCUCCGUCUCACCAGGUUUUAUUUAUAGACUCAGAAAUUGCAGAGGAGGAGACGGAGGGAGAGAAGGGAAGAGCGUAUGAAAACUUGAGGACAGUCUAGCGCCGGUCUACUGCCUGAAGAUAGAACACACUAUUGUCCUCUCACCUCUCUAUUUCACUCACUUUUCUUUCCUUUAGUUCUCACUGUCCCUUUCUCCUUCCUCAAGUCUUCCUCAGCUCCCCUCUGAGCAGGUUUUAAAGACUCCAAAUGUGAAGAAUCCAACUCUGUCUGGGUAAAACGCCGCAGACAGGAAACUCCCUACUCGCACUCAGUUUAGUAUACUCUCUUCAUCUGCUGGCUCCAUGUUUUUUGUGUUGUUUACUGCAGUCACACUCUUCUUCCUUAAUACUGAUAUUCAAUCCCAGCAUUGACUCUGAUGAGCAUAAAUGUAAAAAAAAAGGUAGAUUUUGGGGAUUCUCCCUCUUUAUCCAGGAGGAAGAGGAGGAAAUCAUGUCUCAGACUGAUCACUGAGCUUGACUUAACCUAUUUCUGUGUCUCCUCUAAUUUCUUUCUCCUCACCCACAGCCCCAAUAACGUUCAGUUGUUGCUCAUAUAAGACUGGUGUCACACCUUUUUAGUGUCCCCUCACCCACCAGUGUCACAAAGUGAAUUUACCCGGGGACACAAACAAACCUCACAACGGGAACCUUUGUGCUUUGAGUCCCAGUCCCAGUCAGGUGUAACUCUUUAAAUAUGUCCCUCCUAACAACCGGGAAACAAACACACAUGUAAUGUGGAGCCACACGACUGGAACUUGUCUUGUUGACACAAAACACUGAACUGAAAAUACAGCAGAUCACACGUGUCUUUGUUAAUAUUGACCCCACAUGGAGUAUGACGUACUGCUAUAUGAAAUAUACUGGUGACUGUACUGGUAUAGCAUGAUAUACUGGUAUGGAGAGGAGCAUAUUUGCACAGCACCAAAAAAAAAAGUCAUAUCUUUUUUUAGCCCUAUGUUACCCAGAUUGGAUUUCCAUGUUUACUCAGCAAUGACACUAUCAAAUAUCUGGGCUUUAUAGGGAUAAAAAAAUGUAAAAAAAACAAACAAAAAAACAAUCUAUUUUAUCUCCUUGUUGUUGCGUAAAUCUGCUCAUGUUGGUAUAUUGUAAGCUAUACUGGUGUGUAUCACUGGUGAAUUGUACAGAACUCGUACUAGUAAACACUGGUUUUUAUUUUGUCUUCUGGGCUAAAUCCGCCAUUGUGUCAAAUAGGAGGGAAAAAAAACAAUGAAAUAAAACUGACGAAAUGGAAA